GUACUUGGCUGACAUCGGGUACUUUCAUAAGCUGCUCAAGAUGAACUGGGAAAAACCCGAGUUAAAGAUGAGUUUGAGCCCGAACACGACGCAAGAAGAAUUGACCGAGAUGAUGUCCCAGAUCAGACAGAAGUACGGUCCAGGGGCCGACGAGCACAUGGACGACCUGCUCCACUUCGAGUUCAGCCCGCCGCCGAGUCGGGCCGCCCACCGCGUCCGCACCGUGCGGCAGCUGGUCGCAGGCAAGAAGGUGCUCAAGGAGCAGUUCAACGUCCAGAAGAAGGCGGCCCGGCUCUCCACCAUGGCCACCGACAACAGCCUGUCCCGCCAAGCCUCCCAGAUGAGCUGCCACUCGGGGGCUCUCCGGACGAACUCGGAGGACCUCUGCGACGUCGUCGGCUUCCGCAGCGAGCACUACAUGAUCAGGGAAGAAGCCGGACAGGUGGACAUCUGGUUGGACAGGAAGGGCAAGCUCGACCAGAUCUCAACGGUGCGGGUCUACACGGAGGAUGUGGCGGCGGCCAACGGCGCGAAGGCGGGCGAGGAUUACGACCCGAUCAACCAGAUCAUCACGUUCGACGUAGGCCAGGAAGAGCAGAAGAUCACGAUCAAAAUUCAUCAGGACGAGACGCCUGAAGACACGGAGGUCUUCCUGGUGAGGCUCGCUGAGCUGGAGGGCCCAGACGCAGCGCGAGUGAGGCUUGACGGCCGCAAGUGCAACGUGGUCAUCUUCGACUGCGACCACCCAGGCGUGCUGAGGUUCGACAAGGAGGAGGAGACGGUGGGGAUGUCGGCCGAGCCGACGGAGCUGUUUGUGAAGGUCCAGCGGGAGAAGGGCACCUCUGGCGAGAUCACGUGCCGCUACCGCGCCGAGGACGUCACCGCGGUCGUGGGCCGCGACUACGAGCCCUGCGAGGGCGAGCUGCGGUUCGGCAGCGGCCAGGCAUCCGCCACGUUCCCGCUGGUCAUCAAGCCCAGGGACCGAAUCGAUUGUGACGAGUUCCGAGUGGUUAUAUCAGAUGCAAGUGCCGGUGCAGAGUUCAACAAGGAUACAGAUGGGAGAGAGGACUGUUGCAUAUUGACCGUCAAGGUCUUGGGCGAUAUCCAGCAGUCAGGCCUGGCGGGCAAGAUCCUGCACCAGUUCAUGAAGAACCCGGACAACUUCUUUGCUGGCACAGAGAACUGGAGGCAGCAGUUCCACGAGGCCAUCUUCGUGGGCGGUAGCCUGGAGGAGCAGAGGGAGGCCACCGUGCUGGAGUGGACCUGCCACGUGCUCAUCCUGCCGUGGAAGCUGCUGUGCGCCUGCGUGCCGCCCACGAACCUUGCCGGAGGCUACGCGACCUUCUGUGCGUCGCUCAUCCUCAUCGGCCUGAUGACCGCCUUCAUCGGUGACCUUGCCACGGCGUUCGGGUGCGGGACUGGCAUCGAUGACCUCACCACGGCCAUCACCAUUGUUGCGCUGGGCACGUCGCUCCCGGACACCUUCGCGUCCAAGGCAGCGGCGCUGCACGACAGACAUGCGGACGCGAGCAUCGGCAAUGUGACUGGAAGCAAUUCUGUCAACGUAUUCCUUGGGCUUGGCCUUCCAUGGCUUAUUGCUGGCAUCUAUUGGGAGGUCCGCAACAGAUGA